AUGCCGCCGUUUUACGGGGACAACGAGCAGCAGAUAUUUGAGAGCGUGAUCAAGGCCCCCCUGGACUUCAACAGCGACCCCUGGCCCAAAAUAUCUGAACCUGCAAAGGACGUCGUGCGCCGCAUGCUGGUGCGCAACCCCACCAAGCGCGCGACUGCCGCCGACGUGCUGCGCCACGAGUGGGUGAGGGAGGGCGGCGUGGCGGGCGACAACGUGAUCGAGCCCGAGGUGCUGACUAGGAUGAGGGGCUUUGCCGCCAUGAACAAGCUCAAGAAGGAGGCCCUCAAGGUCAUCGCCCUCAACCUGCCCGCCGCGGAGAUCGAGGGUCUCAAGGAAAUGUUUGCGGCAAUGGACAAGGACGGCAGCGGCACCAUCACAGUGGACGAAAUGAGGGAGGGGCUCAAGUCAAAGGGCACGCUCAUCCCGGAGGAGGACCUGCAGCGACUCAUGGCCAACGCUGACAUCACCGGUGACGGCGCCAUCGACUACGGUGAGUUCCUGGCGGCCACCAUGCACCUCGGGAAGCUCAACAAGGACGAGCACCUCCACAGAGCAUUCGCGCACUUUGAUGCUGACGGCAGCGGCUACAUCACCGUGGAGGAGCUGGAGGCGGCGCUGAAGCAGGAGGGGGACAGCAGCAUGGCGGCCCUGGGGGAGCAGAUCAAGAGCAUCCUGGCGGAGGUGGACAAGGAUAAGGACGGCCGCAUCGACUACGAAGAGUUCUGCGCCAUGAUGCGCGCAGAUGCCGCCCAGCAGACGCACCACCAGCUGCGCGGCGGCUUCCUCACCGACCCCCCGGUCCUGAGCAACGCGAGCAUCUCGGACGUCGCAUGA